AUGGUCCAAAACGGCCUGAUCACCUCCCCACGGGUUUCCAAAGCCAUGAAAGCAGUCGAUCGCGCCCACUAUACUCCGGCUCAGCCAUACGAAGACUCGCCACAGCCCAUCGGUCACCGCGCCACCAUAUCCGCACCCCAUAUGCAUGCAGCCGCCGCGGAAUCUCUGCUGCCUUUUCUGAAGCCAGGAGCACGGGUAUUAGAUGUAGGAAGUGGAUCGGGCUACCUCACACAUGUGCUGGCUGAACUUGUCAAGCCGGGUGGAACGGUGGUGGGGAUCGAGCAUAUUCAACCUUUGGUCGACAUGGGUGCUACCAACACAAGUAAAAGUCCAGAAGGGAGCAAGUUGUUGAGGCAAGGAGGGAUCAAGUAUGUCAAGGGAGAUGGCAGACAGGGCUGGCCAGAAGACGCGCCCUACGAUGCUAUCCACGUUGGAGCUGCGGCUGCGGGCUUCCAUGAGCCCUUGAUCGAUCAGUUGAAGGCUCCUGGACGAUUGUUCAUUCCAGUGGAGGAGAACAAUUUCCAGCACAUCUAUGUCAUUGACAAAGCAGCAGAUGGCACUGUGACUAAGAAAAAGGACAUGGGUGUUCGAUAUGUGCCAUUGACUGAUGCUCCAGCAGAUCAAGGACACUAA